AAAUUGUGAGACUCCUCCAAGGGUAUUCUCGACAGAACAGGUCAAAAGACAAGGACAUAAUCGGCACAAAGUUCAUCUUAAAUACUUGGUGAUAGGGCAUCUUCAGUGUUGAUCCAAACAGGGAAGAAGCUAGGCGCCACCCCAACCAGAAGAAGAAGAUUGAAUAAUCGGAAGAGAGAAGGUCCAGAUUGCCGUUGUGCGGUCCGACAAUCGGACGGUCAUUAUUUAUUUGGUAAAGCCGCGUUCUUCCUGAUCUUCUUUAACUGUCUAACAACAACAAAAAGGAGAGAAGAAUCGGAACCGACGAUGGAGUUUUGAGGGGAUUUGUUUUGGAUGCGAUCGGUUUGUGAUUUAUAUCUGGCAAAGGAUUUCGACAAUCAUCAAAUUUGGCGGAGGCGAUUGUUAUUUUUGAUUUGAUUUUUUGAAAGAAAAGACAGGUAUUGAAAACCCUAGAUUUUGAAUUUCUACGCUUUGUUUGUGGUUGUUUUUCCCUUCUUCAAAAAAAAUUAAAGCAGUGGAGUCCCCCAUCGGAUUCGGCUUUGGUCAGAUCUCAAAGAAUCUUAAUCAAAGGAUGAGCAGAUUUGGGGUUUUUUGGAAGAAUUCAUUGAAGAAACUUGUUGAAGAGAAGGCGAUUUCUUGUUCGGAUUCUUCUAGAUCAACCUUAGGCAUAGGCGGCAUUGAAUUGAUUAAACUUUUCUUCGUCACUGCCGGAGAUUUUUGUCCAUGAAGCUCUCGGCAUCGUUAGCUGCAGGAGCUUUUUGAAAAGGAGUUUUUAUUGCAUAAAAAUAGGCGUCACCAUUGCUCUGGUCCCAAUAAUAGGCUUCAAGAAUUAGGCUAUUUGUAUAAUCAACCUAGCUGCUUGGCAAAUCAAGAACUAGAGACAAUUUCUGGGAGCUGUCUUGUUGCUGCGAUAGAUUGAUUAGAUAGAAAUUUUUAGGGUGUUUGUUUUUAUUAUCAGUUGCUAUGAUGAUGAUUGCUUGCCUAUGCGUUGCUGACGUGUUUAUCUUCUCAUGAAUUUGGUAUUUCAUGUUUAUAUGAUUUGGAUCUAUGGGUUUUGGGUUAUAUUUUCUGAUUUAAGGAGCCUCGUGUGCUUGUUUGUGAAAAUCAAAACUCCAUAGCUGCAGAAAAGAGGUUUAGAACAAUUGAAGGGGAGAAUUUUGUUUGUCCUGUGAAGGGGGACUAGGAGAUCUUUGCUGAUGUUUUGGCCCAUGGUCAGGGUGCGGGCAGAUGGUUUUGACAUGAAGCAGCUUGGCUGCCAUGUCUUUUUAGGCAUAGAUUGAAACAACUGUAUAUCUGUUAUUGCUGGAAGUAAUUAUGUGGAAAUAAUGCUUAGCAAAGAACACAGUUUGUUAAAUCUGUAGCUCUACCUGUUUUGAUGUUGAUACCUUUACUGUAUAGGUUUUGUUGUUCGCAAAAGAAUCCUGAUUCGAAGCAUUAGGAACAAACUUUAUCCAAAGUUACAUUCUCAAUUGAGGGAAGUUUUCCUGGACUUCAAGUCAGGAUUAUCUGCCUCAAGGUAAAUGACCUUUGGAGGCAUAUGCUGGUAGCCUUGUUAGCAGCUUUGGGGCUCAAUAAACUGAUGAAUCUCUUUUAUUUAGUGGAUUGGAUGUUUUAAGCUUGUUUAUUUGUCCCCCUUUUUUUUUGUUUGUAUAUAAGGCUGAUCUUGUUCUUGGAUGUUGUUAUUUUACUGGCAGUACGCGUUGAAGGCUUGAGUUGUAAAGUGAUCUCUAUAUAGCAAUCUGAUCUGUUAAAUAUCUGACAAGAUUGGAGGAACCCAUUUUACUAGCGGUAUUUGUACUUGCCCCAGGAGUUUCUCUUCUCCUCUGGUGUCAAGUAGGAAGCAAGAAGCCACGGCAUCCUGCAAGACUUGUCGUGGUAGACCAUUAGUUGAUGGGAUAGGGUCUGUGUCUGCAGGCAUGAUGAGCACAGUAGGUCUGGAACUUACAAGUUUUAUAAACCCAGACUUGACUUGGAAGACAGUGUCGAAGGGGAAUAGGAGUGGCACCAGGCGUACAAGGAAACUGGGUGCAAAAAACUUGACGAUGGGAAUGGGGCUAGCUGAUAAAAAUGCCAGAACAGCGGAGGAUGUUACAGUUUCUGAGUCUGAGAAGCUUGGUGUGGAUGUUUUAGGACGGCGCUUUAGUGACAAAGUAGAGCAGGUGCCAAUUAAGAAAAGAAGAUUUAUGUUCCGGUCUACAUCACCUCCACCACCACUGACCCCUUUGCUGCACCUUGAAGCCUCUGGACAGGAUGUAGAUUUUCAAUCUGCAUCAGGUAAAAAUUCUGGUUCAAAUUCAGCUCAGAGGCGACGGCUCAAGAAAACUGAUAUUUUGACCAAGUCAACUGUUGCUGUUGAUGAUGGGAAGUUUUCAGAGGUAAUAAAUGAUGUCGAGGAUUUCUCAGGGAUUGAAAUACUUGCAGCUGCUGCUUGCAGUGAUAGUAUGGGAGAUGAUGUUACUGAAAAUGAGGGAAAUACGUUACUAGAAGCAUCAACACAAGAGAGAAUUGAGUCUUCAGCUUCUGCAAUACCUUUGGAAGAAACUACUGCUUCAUUGGAGACACCUUGUUGCUCCCCAAAAGAUUCGGUAAAUGAAGGUAAAACUGAGGGUUCAUCUUCCCAGGAUAAUUCUUCUGCUGCUUUGCAGACAGCUUGUUGCUCCCCAAAAGUUUCAGUAAUGGAAGGUAAAACUGAGGGUUCAUCUUCCCAGGAUAAUUCUUCUGCUGCUUUGCAUGAAUCUCUUGGAGAUAGGGAUAACCCAACAGCAGGAAGGUCCAUCCCCUUGCCAGAUGAUAGGUUACUCUGGGAUUUAAAUCUUUCAAUGGAUGCUUGGCCUUGUGAUGGUGGGAAUAUUGAUUCUCAAAAGGAUGCUGUGGAUAAUACAUCUGUGAGAAGUGAAGAGCUGCAGACUAAGGAACCUCAAGAUAUCGAAAAUGAUACUAUGAACAGAGUGGUUUCAUCUGAUGUUGAUGGCAACGACGAGUGUAACAAGAUGACUUCAGACUUGAAAAUCAUGCCUGUUGGAACUGAUGAUUUGAGUGGAGAGAAACAGGAAUCUGAAGGAUGCUCUGGCUCCAUUGAGAAUAAAACUGAACAUGUUCCAGUGCCAGUGGUUGAUGCUGAGAAUUCCUUGAUCUGUGCUGCUGCUGAGACAAAUGCCCCCACUGAGGCAGGAAACAUGGAUCAAUGCCUAAGUCAUUCUCCUCUUCCUGGAUUGGAUAAGAGCACACCUGGGUCUGAGGGAAACCGAGAAACAUCAUUUUCAACUCAUAAUAUUGAGCUGAUCACAGUAGGGUGUAUUUCUGAGGCAGAGGUGGGCAAAACUGUUCGUGGAGAAAAUGCUCAGGUCGAGGAGUCUGAUGUUGCUUCUCCCUAUGUACCAGUUUUAGAGACGGUUGCUAAUGACGUUCAGAAAACCAGUGUUAAUGAAGAUGAUAAGGAUCAUGGAAUAGAUUCUGGCUUGCAUGAUGUUAAAAGUUUUGCUCAGGACCUGGAUAAUCCUCGACCUCUAGAACCCCCUGAAGAUGAGCAUGCAAAUGGGACAGAGGAGAUGGACACAUGCCAUCCUUCACCAAAGUCUGAAGAUAUGUCCAUAUCGGAUGAUUAUAUUGUGGAGGCUAUGGACCGAACUGAUGGAGCUUCUUCAACGUAUACUGCUCAAACUGAUUCUGAUACUCAUGUUAGGUCUGAGGCACUGUUGCAAAAGUCUUCCAGAAAUUUUGUUGCUACUUCAGGAGCUGGUGAGUUUUCUGCUCAUGAGGCAUGUAGAAAUUAUGUUAAUGGUCCUACAAGCUGCUUGGAUAAGGCCAACCUGAAUGAUCUUUCUAAUGAAAGCCAUGACUCUGCUGUUUCUCAAGAUAAGGUAUUGACAGUUGGAAUCGGAACCCACUCAGAAGUUCAGGCUGGUUAUGAUUCACAGUUUGAGGAUGGGGAGUUGAGGGAAUCAGAUGUUCACUGUUGGGAGGAAGCCGAACAGGUGGACUAUGACACUGAAUUUGAGGAAGAAAGAUCAUUUGGCUUGGAAGCUGAGAGUGGUGAGAAGAAAUUACAGGCAGAAAGAGGGUCAAGUCCUGAUGUAACUGGAAAUUUUAAAUAUUGCGAAACUGGAGAUGCUUUGAGGGAAAAUUCAGUGAGCUUAAAGUUGAGAACUGUGGAAGUGUCUGAUGGUGAAACAAAGAAAACCGAUUGCUUGGAUGGGUCUAAUGUCAGAGAUUAUGAUUUUAAGGUAACGAAAAGGGAGUUGCUUUCCCGUGUUGAAGGAUCAUUAUCCUCUGAUGCUGUCCAUAGAAGCAGGUCUGACAAUUUUGAUGGUUCGUUUCCUCGAGCUGAGAGGGAGGCUGGUUCUGACAAAUUCAUGGGCAGGGAUAGAUCUGCUUCACAUAUGCGUGGCAGAAGCCCAGUAGGUGGUCACUAUUUCAAUCCUUCAGCUAGUUAUUGGGAUUCUAAACGGCAGAAUUCACCUAUUUAUCAUGGUCCUUACAAUUUUGGGCGCCCCAGACCAAAAAGUGUUGUGGAGAGCCGUGGAUAUCCGAUGGCCACAGACCAAGCAUCUUCAGAAGCUACUGGUGUUGCAAGACCUGACAACCGCAUUAACAGGCAAUAUAUGGGCUCCUCCAAUGGUUUGUAUAGACCUCUCUUUAGAAGGAGAUCACCAGUCGAAAGAGAUGAUUCCUAUGGUAUGCAUACAAGAAUGGCAACUGUAAGAGAUACUAGUCCUGAUCGGACUAGGUUUAGAAGAUACCCACAGGGGUUUAGUAGAGGCAUCAGAGAUGAAUAUCUCAGGCAUAUUCCUGAUGAUGGCACAGAAUAUUUUAGUCGCAUGCCACAUCGUCUAGGCAGGAGAGAAAGAAGCAUUUCCCCCCAUGGUAGACCUCAUUAUACUUUACCUUACAAGAAAACUCGGUCAAGAUCAAGGAGCCGCUCUCCCAUUGGUUGGUUAUUGCCAAGGGAUCGAAAUGAGGGUUCAAGACGUCGCAGCAGGUCACCAGAUUUUAGGUCUGAUGCUAGAGUAGAUAGGGUGAGGUUGCCAUUUCCAAAGCGUUUUGCAGCAGAUUAUGGAGAGGAGUUUAUUUCCCCACCAAGAAGUCGGAUUUCACCACAGCGAAAUUCCAGGAUGUUUGAGGAUCGAAAUGCUGGCUUAGACCAUUUUAGGGGCCGGAAAUCACCUGUGAGGAUGUUUCGGCAGGGCCAAAGGUUAGAUCAAGGGCACCCAAUUCGGAGAUCGAAUUCAGAUGAUUACUUCAGACACAUGAUUCGACCCAGAAGAUUUCCUGAUAUGGCUGGUGGUGGUAAAGGAUGUAAAUAUGAAGGCAGUGAUGAUGAUAAACAUGGCAGCAGAUAUGAGAUGAUUCAUCGAGUGAGGCGGUAUGAUACCGAUGGUGCAGUCCGGCGGUUUCGGUAUAAUGCAGAAGAUUCAUAUGUGGCUAAUAACUCUUUAACUGUGACUAAUGCAAUUGGGGUCUCAUCUAGGAGGCCUGAUGAUGCACCUAGGACAGCUAGUGAAGAUAGGUCAUUUAAGAUGCAACAACCGUGAGAGGAUGUGGUUGGAAAGGGAGAUGUGUAACUUGGAAGAGAUAUAAACAGAAAUGUAUGAUUUACCUCGUGGGAUUACAUAGACUGACAGUUGGAUUUAAUGGCCCGAAGAGGCGCAUAAAGAUAAAAGUAGGGACGGCUCUUCCUUCUGGUCACCAGACGAAGCUAAUCGACUCAAAAUGCAAGUUAUCUGCCAAACCAGAAGAACAGAUUGCAGCCACUUCUUGUCGCAUUUCUCUCGGUCCACUUACAAUAACACCAACGCUGGUUCCC